CUGCUGCCUUCUUUGCCUGUUUUUUUUCCUCUCUCCUCUCCCCCCUUUUCCCUCCCAAAGGAAGCUCCUCUAGAGAAGCUGUCUCAGAGUGCACACGAGGAAAGCGCCCCGGGAGGGAAAGGAUGCAGGGGUGGGUUAGUCAUCAUUUAAUUCUUAGUUGGGGAUUAUUGCAGCUGGACCUGGAGUUAGAGCAGAGAUCCAGUUUUGGUUCCCUUCUCCUUGCUGGCCUGAUUCUCCCCGGGCUUGUUUUCGUAGAACCUUGUUUGAGAUCUUGGGCAAGGGCUUGUUCCGGGAGCCUCGGUUUCCUUCGUAGUGAAUCCUGACCGUUAUAAAGAUAAGGUACAAUGAUGGGUGGGAAAGGACUGAGUGAUUUGUGAUCCAAACAAGCUGAAUGCUGGUUCGCAGAGCUUCCGUGUCUGCAGCGCCUAGAGGGAGGUGCCAUUCAGCUAGAACAUUAGCCCGCACCCUGGGAGUUGUGGUGGGGCCUGCUGAGAACAGUUGGUUUAUAGAGAAGUGAAUCCUAGAGCCGAGAGACUCCGCAGAGCACAGGCUGCCAUGGCCUGGGCAAGCGCUUUGUAGGAGACAGGCUGAAAGGAAAAAGCCCAAGGCCAGCCUGACAGUGGACGUAGCAGGACUGCCUUUUUGGUUUGCUUUCUUUCGGUCUGUCCUCAUCUGGAGUGAGUCAUUGCCACUUGUCAUGGUGAAAUGGCAGAUCUGGGCUUCCUGUGGUUCCAAACGUCUGUGACUGGAAAUCCACAAGUGGUUGAAGCUCAGCACAAGUAUUCCAGAAGGGUUUGUGGAUCUCUUCCACGGGGAAGCAGGAGAAACUUUAAAGCAAAAAUUUCGACUGUGAAGCAAGGCAUUGGGCGAAGACAACAUGGCCUCGCCGGCGGACAGCUGCAUCCAGUUCACCCGCCAUGCGAGUGAUGUUCUUCUUAACCUUAAUCGCCUCCGGAGUCGGGACAUCUUGACAGACGUUGUCAUUGUGGUGAGCCGUGAACAGUUCAGAGCCCAUAAGACAGUGCUCAUGGCCUGCAGCGGCCUCUUCUACAGCAUCUUCACUGACCAGUUGAAGUGCAACCUUAGCGUAAUCAACCUGGAUCCUGAGAUCAACCCUGAGGGGUUCUGCAUCCUCUUGGACUUCAUGUAUACAUCUAGGCUCAACCUGCGGGAAGGAAACAUCAUGGCUGUGAUGGCUACAGCCAUGUACCUGCAGAUGGAACACGUUGUGGACACGUGCAGGAAGUUCAUCAAGGCCAGCGAAGCAGAAAUGGCCCCAGCACUUAAGCCUCCCCGAGAAGAGUUCCUGAACAGCCGGAUGCUGAUGCCCCAUGACAUCAUGGCCUACAGAGGGCGUGAGGUCGUGGAGAACAACCUGUCGCUAAGAAAUCCUCCUGGGUGUGAGAGCAGAGCCUUUCCCCCUAGCCUCUACAGUGGCCUGUCUACACCGCCAGCCUCGUAUCCUAUGUACAGCCAUCUCCCACUCAGCAGCUUCCUUUUCUCUGAUGAAGAGCUACGAGAUGCCCAUGCCCGCAUGCCUGUGGCCAACCACUUCCCCAAGGAACGGACCCUCUCCUGCGACAGUGCCAGGCCAGUCCCCGGUGAAUAUAGCAGACCAGCCAUGGAGGUGUCUCCUAGCUUGUGCCACAGCAGCCUCUACUCACCCAAGGAGACAGUCCCAGAGGAGGCACGGAGUGACAUGCACUACAGCGUGACUGAGGGCCCCAAGCCUGCUGCCCCCUCUGCCCGGAAUGCCCCAUACUUCCCCUGUGACAAGGCCAGCAAAGAGGAAGAGAGACCCUCUUCGGAGGAUGAAAUCGCCCUGCAUUUCGAGCCCCCUAAUGCACCCUUGAACCGGAAGGGUCUGGUUAGUCCCCAGAGUCCCCAGAAAUCUGACUGCCAGCCCAACUCACCCACAGAGUCCUGCAGUAGCAAGAACGCCUGUAUCCUUCAGGCCUCUGGCUCCCCGCCGGCCAAGAGCCCCACUGACCCGAAAGCUUGCAACUGGAAGAAGUAUAAGUUCAUUGUGCUCAACAGCCUCAACCAGAACGCCAAAUCAGAGGGCACUGAACAGGCAGAGCUGGGCCGCCUCUCCCCUCGAGUCUACCCUGCCCCACCUGUCUGCCAGCCACCUUUGGAACCUGAGAACAUUGGUCUCCAGUCCCCAACCAAGCUCAGUGUGAGUGGAGAGGACUCAACUAUCCCCCAAGCCAGCCGACUCAAUAACAUCGUGAACAGGUCCCUGACAGGCUCCCCCCGAAGCAGCAGUGAGAGCCACUCGCCACUUUACAUGCACCCCCCAAAGUGCACGUCCUGUGGCUCGCAGUCCCCACAGCAUACAGAGAUGUGCCUCCACACCGCUGGCCCCACGUUCCCCGAGGAGAUGGGAGAGACCCACUCAGAGUACUCAGAUUCCAGCUGUGAGAACGGGGCCUUCUUCUGCAAUGAAUGUGACUGCCGCUUCUCUGAGGAGGCCUCACUCAAGAGGCACACGCUGCAGACGCACAGCGACAAACCGUACAAGUGUGACCGCUGCCAGGCUUCCUUCCGCUACAAAGGCAACCUCGCCAGCCACAAGACCGUCCACACGGGUGAGAAGCCCUACCGCUGUAACAUCUGUGGAGCGCAGUUCAAUCGGCCAGCCAACCUGAAGACCCACACUCGAAUUCACUCUGGAGAAAAGCCCUACAAGUGUGAAACCUGUGGGGCCAGGUUUGUGCAGGUGGCCCACCUCCGUGCCCAUGUGCUCAUCCACACUGGAGAGAAGCCGUAUCCCUGUGAAAUCUGUGGCACCCGCUUCAGGCACCUUCAGACUCUGAAGAGCCACCUGCGCAUCCACACAGGAGAGAAACCUUACCAUUGUGAGAAGUGCAACCUACACUUUCGUCACAAAAGCCAACUGCGACUUCACCUGCGCCAGAAGCACGGCGCCAUCACCAACACCAAGGUGCAAUACCGCGUGUCGGCUGCUGACCUGCCUCCGGAGCUCCCCAAAGCCUGCUGAAGCAUGGAGUGUUGACUCUUUUCUCCCUAGCCCUUUCUCAGAACCUCCCCAAAGGAUGCUGUAACACUUUACAAAGGUCACCCCAUGAUGUAGUGCCUCUCUCAUCCACUAGUGCAGAUCAUAGUUGGGGUGGGGGGUGGGGGUGGGGUUCGCGGGACCGGGAGCCAAUGCAGCUCCCCUUCCCACACUGCCAUACAACAUUAAGAAAAUACUAUUGCUUCUUCUCCUAUGUGCAAGGCAAACAAAUCAUGUCAGCAAAAAGCAAAAUCAUUUUCUAUAUCAAAGUAGGGGAGAAGGCAAAAGUUCUGACGUGACAGGUUGCAAUGCGAGGAAUGUAAAUGUUCUGUGGGAACAGAAAUCUCUUUUGUAUGUAAAUGUGUAUUGUUUUCAAAGACAAGACUUCAGUAUGUUGUCAAGAGAGGGCUUUAAUUUUUUUAACCAAAGGUGAAGGAAUAUAUGGCAGAGUUGUAAAUAUAUAAAUAUAUAUAUAUAUAUAAUAUAAAUAUAUAAACCUAAAAAGAUAUAUUGAAAAUAUAGAACUGCGUUAAAGGCUCGAUUUUGUAUCUGCAGGCAGACACGGAUCUGAGAAUCUAUUGAGAAAGAGCACUUCAGAGAAUAUUUUAAGUAUUGCGUCUGUAUAAGUAAGAAAAUAUUUUGUCUAAAAUGCCUCAGUGUCUUUGUAUUUUUUUGCAAGUGAAGGUUUACAAUUUACAAAGUGUGUAUUAAAAACAAAACAAAAAAAAGAACAAAAAAAAAAGCUGCAGAAGGAGAAAUGUAUACUUUUGUUCUAGUUUUCAGUUUGUAUAUACCUGUAACGUGUCCUCACGGUGCCUUUUUUUCACGGAAGUUUUCAACGAUGGGCCAGCGUGCGCCAUCCCUUUUUGAAGUGUAGGCAGACACAGGGACUUGAAGUUGUCACUAACUAAACUCUCUUUGGGAAUGUCUGACUCCUCCCACAUUCUGCGUCAUGCUUGUCGUUAUAAUUACUCCGGAGACAGGGUUUGGCUGUGUCUAAACUGCAUUACUGCGUUGUAAAAUAUAGCUGUACAAAUAUAAGAAUAAAAUGUUGAAAAGUCAA